CAGGUGAACAAGGUGAUGUCCAUCUUGUUUUAUGUGAUAUUUCUCGCUUAUCUUCGUGGCAUCCAGUCUACCAACAUGGACCAGAGGAGUUUGCCGGAAGAGUCGAUAAAUUCUCUUAUUAUUAAGCUGAUCCAGGCGGACAUUUUGAAGAACAAGCUUUCUAGGCAGGUGGUAGAUGUUAAGGAAAGCUACCCACACGCAGCGCCGAGAGCGGACAGCCAGCAAGAGGUGGAUGGGGACGCCAAUGUGAAAUCAGACUUCCAGCCAGUUAUCUCAAUGGAUACAGACCUCCUGAGGCAGCAGAGACGCUACAACUCGCCCCGAGUCCUCCUGAGCGACAACACGCCCCUGGAACCGCCGCCGCUGUACCUCACCGAGGAUUACAUCGGGAACUCCGUGGUGGUGAACAGAACCUCCCGGCGGAAACGGUACGCGGAGCAUAAGAGCCACCGAGGGGAGUAUUCCGUUUGUGACAGUGAAAGCUUGUGGGUGACGGACAAAUCGUCUGCCAUCGACAUUCGAGGACACCAGGUGACUGUGCUGGGUGAGAUUAAAACGGGCAACUCGCCGGUGAAGCAAUACUUUUACGAGACGAGGUGUAAGGAAGCCAAGCCGGUGAAAAACGGCUGCCGGGGCAUCGACGACAAGCACUGGAACUCCCAAUGCAAGACCUCCCAAACUUACGUUCGAGCACUGACUUCAGAAAACAAUAAACUGGUAGGCUGGAGAUGGAUAAGGAUAGACACCUCCUGCGUGUGCGCGCUCUCCAGGAAAACAGGGAGAACAUAG